AUGGGGGUGGACGAGACGGCGACUCAGGACGAGCUGUAUGCGCAGGGCCCGGAUGGUGGAUUCCAGAUCGUGCACGCGGACUGCCUAGAUGACGACCGCUCGGCGGUCACAGAUGCGGACAUUUGGUUCGCGAGCCUCUGCACCGUGGGAGAUGCCUAUGUCACGAGUGUUUUACCGAUGAAGUUAGAUGACGGCAUCUACUCUAUUCAGUUUGAGGAUGAGGCUUCCAUGGUGAUCUGGAGUGAAUAUGAUGGCAAGCUUAAGGCCUUGACCACGUCACAAAAGAAGCUUGCCAACGGGCAAGCACGACGUCUACUACAAAACAUGGAGCCCGAGAAGCGGUAUGAGAUGCAGGAGGCAGUUUCACCGAGUUUGUCGAGUUCUUGUUUUGUCAUUGGCGACGGGAUGCUGGCCAUUUUGGCUCCGUCCUGUCCAGAACAAUUUUGGGAGAAGCUGAGAACUUCGGGACCCAACCAUCUGGUAAUUCGACCAAGUCCUGAAAGAGAAUGGCUGCAAAUGGCGUGUGAGGCAGCGGAAUGGCAGCGCAUGAAUGGUCGUGCUUUCCUCCUGAUGCACUCCGAGCAGGAGCAAGGAUGUGUGGAAGACAACCCAAGCUCCGAGGACGUGCCUGGACGGCGAGAUCAAUGCAAGAUACGAAGCAGAACGUUCACACCGGAGGACAUCGAUGGCCUUCAUCAGAAUCAGAAGGCACACCAGAAGAACGUCUAUGGCCUUCGUCAGAUUCAGAAGGCACACCAGGAGCACGGUGGGAGUCUUUUGCCAGAAGUGGAAUGCUUUGCCUCUACCUCAGAAUUCUUUGAGGUUGAGGAAAUGGCUAGUCGGUUGGUGAAGCAGAAGGACUACUCAAUGGUGUCUCUCGAGAAGUUUCUGGUCAAGUUCCCAAAGCUGUAUGUCAAGAGUCGCCAAAGCGACAUGCAGGGCACCUGCUACCUUUUCGGCCUCUAUGCGCAUAGCGCGAAGUAUGGGGCCACAAAUUCUUCCAGGCAGUUGGCCAACUUCAUUCGAUACUUGAACGAGCUGGUGUGCUACCAAGCCAAAUGCCAGGGGCUCAAGCACGCUACGUGGUCGUCUAUUGCGCUUGGGGUGAGUGCUGGAAGCCGACCUCACAAGGACCAUCACAACAAGGUCCAUUCCAAGAACUACAUCUUUGGGGUGGGCAGCUACACUGGCGGUGAGUUAUGUUUUGAAAAUGAGGAGUCGCAACUUUCAUCUUCGGCUAAGUGCAGCUGGAAGUGGGCACCACAAGGAGCCCGAGUUGUGGGAGAGAGCCACGACAUCAAGUACAAGAUGAUGGAGUUUGACCCGAGAAGAUGGCACGUGCCUUGCAAAUGGACUGGCAAACACAUUGUCAUCAGCGCCUUUACCUCUCGAGCGGUGGACCUUGCGUCAAGCGGAACUUUGCGAGAGCUAGGGGAGCUUGGGUUCCGGUUGCCCCAAGACAAUGUGGUUUACAUGUUUGAUGGUAGCCACCGUGAAGGCGUUGGACAGUUUUCUUCGGUGUUUGCGGAGGAAGAGGACGAUCAAGCGGAGGCUGCCAACGAGGAUGGGGACUUUGAGUUAGAACCUUCUGUGGAGCAGGCCGAAUGGGAGACUACUGUCGAGGAGAAGCAGCUUGUGAAGAAGUUGCACGAUAACCUCGGCCACCCGGCUCCAUGUGAGAUGGCAAGAUCCCUUAGCCCCACAUCUUUCGCUACGUGGCUCCCCGGCGAUCCUCCCGAAGAUGUUGUGGGUGUGGAUGUGAUCUUCCUCAGUGCACUUAAUCGGAGAGCGACCUUCCCGACACUGAAUGUCACCGACUGGGGAACCUCUUACCAGGCUGUUGAGAGGUUGAAGUCCACCGAGGCGACCCACACAUGGCGCACCUUCAUGAGUGUCUGGUGCCGAACCUUCGGUGUUCCAGAUGUGAUAGUUGCAGACUUAGGCUCUGAAUUUCGUGGACAGUUUGCAGAUCUUACAUCCCAGGCGGGCACCCUCAUACGCCACACGGCAACAGGGUCGUCGUGGCAAGCUGGGAAAACGGAGCGCGCAGGCGCCCUCGCGAGAACACCUACAUCGGAUCCUAGGAGGAGAUUAAAACUCUCAUGUAUGCCGUGGAGUGUGCCAAAAACAGAUGUGGAAACAGUAGCGGAUUUUCUCCUAUCUGACAGAUUGGUCACAACCUUCGACUGUCUGGAUGUCUUCUUUCCGACGAUAAUCUAG